UCUUUGAUAAUCCCAAAAAAACCGAUGACUUAAAACUCCAAAAAUGCCACCCAAUUCUCUCUCACCACUUUUCCCUCUCUCUACUCCUCUUUAAAAACCACUUACAUUCACACCUUUUCAUAUCUCUCUGCAAAACAAACAUGGAGGAGAUAACUAAUGGCGGCAACAAAAACGAACCACAGCUUCUGAAGCUUAAAUGUUCCGUACAGAACUACGACUGGGGACGAAUCGGUUACGAUUCGCGCGUUGCAACCCUGUUUGAGAAAAAUUGUGGUGUUCAGAUUGAUGAGAAGAAGCAUUAUGCUGAGUUUUGGAUGGGGACUCAUGUGUCCGGACCGUCGGUUGUGGAUGCUGGUGAUGGUGAUAAUGUGAGUUUGAAGGUGUGGAUUGUGCAAAACCCUAAGGUUUUGGGUGAUGUUGUUGUUGAUAAGUGGGGAGUUGAUCUUCCAUUUUUGCUUAAGGUCCUUUCUGUGGGCAAGUCAUUGUCAAUACAAGCCCAUCCAGAUCAGGAAUUAGCAGGAUUCCUUCAUAAGACGCAACCAAAUGUGUAUAAAGAUGCAAAUCACAAGCCCGAAAUGGCUCUGGCAUUAACAGAGUUUGAGGCGUUAUGUGGGUUUAUAAGUUCAGAGGAACUUGAUGUUGUGCUUGAAACUGUUCCCGAGAUUAAUGAAGUGGUUGGCAAUGCAAGUGCAAACCAAAUCUUAACUGUCGACAAACACAUUGGUGAACUCAAAGAAGAACGCGCUCUUCAGUCAAUAUUCACUAAACUCAUGUCAGUUGACCAAGAGGUUAUUUCUGAAGCACUAUCCAAAUUAGUCAACCGUCUAACCCAUGAAAAAGAGAAAAGGCGGUUAACUAGUAAAGAAGAACUAGUGUUGAAGCUUGAAAAAGAAUACCCAAAUGAUGUCGGGGUGUUAGCCGCGCUUCUCUUUAAUCAUGUCAAACUCGAACCCGGUGAUGGUUUAUACAUAGCAGCAAAUGAACCACAUGCGUAUUUGAAUGGUGAGUGUAUCGAGUGCAUGGCAGCUUCCGAUAAUGUGGUCCGUGCCGGUCUCACUCCAAAAUAUAUUGAUGUUAAAACCCUCUGCUCCAUGCUCACAUAUAAACAGGGGUUACCUGAAAUAUUGAAAGGUGUACCGAUGAACCAAUAUGUGAGACGAUACACACCGCCUUUCGAGGAAUUUGAGGUUGACCAAUGCGUGCUUGACCAAGGCGCGUCAGUUGUAUUUCCUGCACUUCCGGGCCCGUCUGUUUUUGUGGUGAUUUCUGGAGAAGGAACGAUGGCGACGGCAUCACGUGAAGAUCGAGUGUCGGAAGGCGAUGCGUUGUUUGCACCUGCAGGGACCGAGGUUCAUGUUAGUACUGAUACAGAACUGCAGCUGUAUAGAGCUGGAGUGAAUCACAAGGUGCUUUUGAACCCUUGACUGAUGAGGAUGGAAGAAUGGGUCACUAGUAGUUUAUGUAAAUCUGUGUGUCAUUCUGUUUACAGAAUAACGGUUUUAAAGUUAUAGUAGUUGUAAUGAUAUUCACAUAUAUUAUAUAAUUAUAUACAUUUUGGUUCA